AUGGGUGAUCGUCAUCGGGCUCCCUAUCAGACUCCGGCACCGAUACCUUAUAGGUCUCCCCCGCCCAGAAGUCCUGACAUAUCUCCGCCGAAGGGUGGUCCUUCUAGGCCUUCGCAUCUAUAUCCUCGUGAUCAGAGGACUUCAUCUGCUUCUGGUCCAAGAGCCCCAUCUGUCAAGAGAGGGGAUCAAACGAAGGGUCCUCAGGGUUCUAGGUAUGUUGUUAACCGUCCUGCUGCUUCUCAACGUGCUGUGCCAACAAAUACGCAGACUCCUUCUCCCCAUCGUGAUGAGUCGCUGAAUGUACAACCUCUUCGUUCUAUUUCUCCACCUACGAUGCCCCUACAGAAGCCUAUAGUUCCACCUCCUGCAGUUCAUAUGAGAGGAAAAUCAGCUAAAGGUGCCGCGUCGAAGGACGAUCUAUCAAAGAAUCUACCCACUAAGAGGAAAGCCUCAUAUAUAAGUCCCCCGAAGAGACCUUCACCGGAUCAUGCUGACGAUUCGGUUGCUGCCCCGGUUAUAUGA